UAAGAUUUUAUUUCUUUCUGCGACAAUGGAGAAAUACUUGUUUCUGGAGCCAUUAGGUGAAGGUUCUUAUGGCAGCGUUUGGCAAGCGGAGAACAAGACAACCAAGGAAAUAGUUGCCAUCAAGAUUGUGAAGAAAAGUUAUUAUACUCUCCAACAAUGUCUCAAUUUGCCCGAAGUGAAGGCUUCGAGGAAGAUGAAUCAUCCAAAUAUUGUUAAACUCAAGGAAAUAUCCCUAGAGAUGAACACCCUCUUUUUGGUUUUCGAGUGCAUGGACUGCAAUCUCUCCCAACUUAUCCAACAUCGCAAGCGCAACAAUCUUCCUUUUUCUGAAUCCGAAAUCAGGAAUUUGUGUUUCCAAAUCUUUCAUGCACUGGAUUACAUGCACAGGCAAGGCUAUUUCCAUCGCGACCUAAAACCCGAAAACUUGCUCCUCAAGAAAGGCAUAAUCAAGAUUGGCGAUUUAGGUCUUGCGCGGGAAGUCCAUCCAGAAUCGCCUUACACGCAAUAUGUGGGGACGCGUUGGUAUGAGGCGCCGGAGGUGCUGCUUGGGUCGCGCUGGUAUAGCUCUAAGGCUGACAUGUGGGCGAUGGGUGCAAUAAUAGCAGAGCUAUUCAGUUUGAGUCCUCUUUUCCCUGGCAGAAACGGAGGAGAUCAAAUGCAGAAAAUAUGUAAGAUAAUGGGUAGUCCUACGGUGGAAUCAUGGCCCAAUGGGGUGAAUUUGGCAGGACUGAUUGGGUAUCAAUUUCCCGAACUAGGCGGAACGGAGCUGUCUUCGGUGGUGCCAUCGGCAGGUGAUGAAGCGAGGAGUCUUAUAGAGAAGCUUUGUUCAUGGGAUCCAUCUCUUAGGCCUACUGCUGUGGCGGCUCUUCGACAUCCGUUCUUCCAAAGCUGCUAUUUUACUCCUGAUAGAUCAUCGUCGUCACUAAGGUAUGGAACAACAGCAUCAUCAAGUUUCAGAAAGGAAGUUGAAGAUCCUACAAGAGAUCUGCUGCAACGCCUUAAAUUUAGGGAUGAGUCUACUGUCCUGUAGUUUUGCUUCUUAAUUAGGAUCGAGUCUGUUAUUAUCUAUUGUAAUUUUUGAUAUUAUUAGUCUUCAUUUUAUGAUGCCUGCAAGGUAACAAUAUUUAGUUCAUUAAGAACAUUGGAUUUAUUAUAUUAUAUUG